CUCUCCUCGAUCAUUGCUGCACGAAAGCCAUAACUUCACGCAACAAUACAAAUCCACUUUCACUCGCCGGCGACUGUCUCUCCGGCGGAAAAUAUGGAAUCUCCGGCGAUUAUCGGUUACUUUGGAUCAAAAUAACGCUAAUCAUUUCUAGAACUAGAAAGUAUAAACCCUAAGCUAAAGCGAGUUUAGUUGGAAGAGUUUUCAAGUUAUUCCAUGUUUAGUUUCAUAAGUCAGAAGCAAAUUAUAAAAUAAUCGGAAAAGCUAAAAGAAAAUAGAAAGAAACUUGCUCUGUUUUCAGCGUCUACAGAGUUUUGGCAGAACACAUAUUCCUUUUAUUUAUUUUUUUAACCUUUCCGUUUUUGUGACUUUCUUUCUCCUCAAAUUUUGAAAACUUAUGCGGAGAAUCGAGAAAAAGUGAUUUCUUAGAAUUUCACAAACUCAGUUGUUGUCUUCUUCUGACUUGAAAUUACUUAAAAGUUUAAGCACGAGAUUCGGUAACGGAAGAAAUAAAUACUACUACUUAUUGAAAGUGUUACGGCGUCUCUUGUGAUGCCUUUUAUGAUGAAAAUUCAACCGAUCGAUUUUCAGUUAGAUGAGGAGAUUACUCGAGUCGAACCGGUUAAGCCGGUUGUCAAGUCACGGCUGAAGCGGCUUCUCGAGCGUCAAUUCUCCGGCGUUCUGAGAAUUUCUGCUUCUGAGAAGAUCGCCGGUGGUGGUUUGGAACCGCAUUUGUGUAAGGAAGGAUUUAAUAUCGCCGAUGAUUUCGAACCAAGCUCGGUUUGUUUGGCAAAAAUGGUGACAAAUUACAUUGAGGAGAAUCAAUCUGCUUCUGCUUCUACCAAAUGUGGACGAAAUCGUUGUAACUGCUUCAAUAGAAACUGUGAAGAUAGCUCCGACAAAGAGUCAGAAUCGCUUAGCGGUUAUUCAGCGUCUGAAGCAUAUGAAAUCCUCAAGGGUUUGGUAGCUUGUAAAAGUACCGGUGAGAGAGAUCUUCUAACAGACACUGCAAAGAUUGUUGAUAAGAAUAAGUUAUGCAAACGCAAAGACAGUUUCUGCAGAAAGAUUGUUGCCGAAGCUUUAUCAUCUCUUGGAUACGAUGCUUCCGUUUGUAAAUCUCGCUGGGAAAAAUCAAAAUCUCCUUCACAUCCAGCUGGGGAAUAUGAAUAUAUUGAUGUGAUGUUAGGGAAUGAACGGUUGAUAAUUGACAUUGAUUUUAAAUCAGAAUUUGAGAUUGCUAGAUCUACUAAAUCGUACAAGAUGAUUCUCCAGAAUCUUCCUUACAUAUUCGUUGGAAAGUGCGAUCGUUUACAGAGUAUCGUGGCUAUUGUAUCCGAGGCGGGGAAGCAGAGUUUGAAGAAGAAGGGAAUGCAUGUUCCACCGUGGAGGAGAGUCGAAUAUGUGAAAGCUAAAUGGCUCUCAACUUAUACAAGAAUAACUGUCCAUACACAAAAAGAGAAGGUUUUGAAGGAAAAUUGUGUUACUGAGAGUUCUGGUGAAGAUGAGAAGACGGUGGUUGUCGAAUGGAAGCCGCCGGAGUUGAAGCCGAAGGGUUCAAUUGCUGGGGUUAAGGUUGUGACUGGUUUGGCAGUGGUGUUUGAGGAUGAUAACCCGUAAAAUUUUGACUGUUAAUUUCUUUCUAUUUUCGGCUUAAUUUUUUUUUCUUUUUAAUUUGCUAAUAUAUGAGGGUUAAUAUGAGGAUUAAAAGUCUUAGUUGACUGUAACAACUCUAAUUGUAUCCCCUUCUGCUUUUUUAUUUGAAGUAUGGGAUGGAAUUUUUACUAAUAUGAAAUAAAAUAAAGUUGAGAUAUAGUUUUUGUGAUAUUGAUCAAAUUG